AUGUCUAAGCCUAUCAUCGUCGUUUUCGGGGCAACUGGAAAGCAAGGUGGCUCUGUCGUCAGCAGUCUCUUGGCGGAUAACGCAACUAGCAAAUUCCACGUUAGAGCUAUUACGCGCGACGUCACAAAGACUAGUGCUAAAGCCCUGGCUUUGAAGGGCGCGGAAGUUGUUGCGGCGGAUUUGAGUGAUAAUGAAUCCGUCAAAAAGGCAUUGAAGGGUGCGUAUGGAGUAUAUGCUGUUACCAAUUAUUGGGACCACCACAGCGCCGAUCUUGAAUUCGCUCAAGGUAAAGGCAUCGCCGAUGCUUGCAAGGAAGAGGGUAUCCAACACUUGGUAUGGAGCAGCCUACUAAAUGUGACGAAACUAUCCGGCGGUGUUCUCUCCCAAGUACAUCACUUCGACAGCAAAGCAAAGGUCGAAGAAUACAUCCGCAGCGAAGGUAUUCCUGCCACAUUCAUGCUUCCAGGCUUCUACAUGUCAAAUAUCGCCGGCGGUAAUUUGCGGAAAACGCCAGAAGGUAUAUGGAAACUUGCUCUUCCGAUUCCUGGCGAUAGUCCGAUACCUCUAUUUGCGUCUGAGUAUGAUACAGGAAAGUUCGUUAAGAGCAUACUUCUCAAGAGAUAUGAGACCCUGGGCAAGCGGAUCUAUGCUGCUACGAAGUAUUAUACGCCGGUCGAGAUUCUGGCCUCUUUUAAAAAUGAGUAUCCGAACGCUGGCAAGGAUGCUGUUUUUGCAGAGCUGCCACAUCCAGUAUUCAAGAGCAUUCUCGCCGGUGCGGGGAUGCCUGAGAUUGCUCAGGAGGAAUUGCUGGAAAAUAUGCGGCUGAUGCCAGAGUUUGGAUACUACGGCGGGGAGGCACUUGAUUCAAGUGUUGAGAUUGUUGAUGAGCCCCUCACUACAUGGAGUGCCUAUAUGCGUAAGGCACAAGUUUUUGCUGAUCUGGAUUAA